AAUGUUCAUCGGAGUUCAGAGACUUCAGCAAAAGGCUUUAUGGAGAAAGCAACAACAAAACUGUCCACGUCCAUCUACCAGCUAAUUGGCAUGUACUGUAGCAGCUUCUACACCGAUUUUCAGCCGGUCAGGUCAGCCGGAAGCAUCCCCGCGGUGCACCCCGGGAUACAUUCCCACCUCAGCUUCACGGUGUCCGCGGUGCACAAUGUCCCAGAGUCGUGGGUGCACAGCUAUAAAACAUUUUCGUUUUCCUGCUGGCUUACAUAUGCCGGAAAGAAGUUGUGCCAAGUGAGAAACUACAGAAAUAUUCCGGUCAAAAAAUUAUUUUUCUUCUUGAUCAACUGGAAUGAAAU